GGCAGGACAAAGCUCUCCAUCACCCUCCCGUGCGUGGCUCCUGCACCACGGUAGCCGUGCCAUCAUCGGCUGAAGUCACAAAGGGAUGAUGUCACGCGUGUGUACGGUGCACAGCAGGAUGCUCCUGGGCGGUGUGCUCAGUCCCCGGGGUCUUGGGGAGCUUGGCCAGCACAAGAGGACAGCCAGCCUCGGUGGGGUGGGCAGUGCAGAGCCCGGGCUGUGGGUGCCCCCAGAGAACCCCCACCGCUUUGCAGAUGUGUACCUGAUAAGGGCCCCGUGUGAGUCUCAUCUCCACAGGCAGCAUGGCAGCUUUUCCCCUCCAGUGGACCAGAGCAUGUUUGAGAAUGCCAGCGCCAGCGCAGCACCCACCCCACAGGCGCAGCACGUCCCCACCAUGGCAGGCGUCCCGCCGCAGCCCUCCCGUCCCGCCGGCAGCCAGCACCUCCGCAACCUGGGCAAGGCCGUGGGGGCCAAGGUGAACGACCUCCUGCGUCGCAAGGAGCCGGCCAGCCUCCCCAGCGUGGGAGCGAUGGAGGUGAAUGCCAGCGCUGGGGCCAUGCUGGGCACAGGACCACUGGCCAGCGAGGACGGGGCAGUGGGGCUGGAUACCUUUCCCCGGCUGGACCCCCCACCCCCCGUCACCAAAAAGCGGACACCACGCGCCCUGAAGACCCCGCAGGACAUGCUCAUCGCACCGCAGCCGAUGGGGACCAGCCCAAGGAGCAGCACGGAGGAGCUCCUCAAACUGCCUGUAGCCCACCCUGACCCCACAGAGGAGCAGCUGGUGAUGAGGGACCCGUCCCCACCGGAAUGCCCUGGGGUCCCCAGCAUGGUGGACACCCCAGGGCCCAGUGGGGACCAGCCUACUGGUGCCUUCCCUGUGCCUGACCUUAUCCAUAAGGGCAGCCUGGAGAGCCAGUGGCGAGCGGGCGAGCGGGCCACCGAGACCUCACCCCACAUGGAGAAGCCUUCCCAGAGACCAGGGCUGGAGCACGAGCUGCCAGGGAACACGGGGCAGCAGGAGCCACAUAGCCCCAGCUGGGAGGUGGAGGGCCCCCAUCCUGACCUACUGUCCUUUGAGUAGCAGCGGGGGAGCUGUGACAGGGGGACUGUGGGGGCUGGCUCUCCCAAACAUGUCUCUUGCUGCCACUUGCCAUUUUUGGGUUCAUUAUUUUGGAGAGGGGGGAGCCCUGGGGUGACAGGAGCCAUUGCUACCCCAGCAUGGGGUGUGGAGAGCCAUGACACCCCACUUCUCCCCGAAUUCCCAGGAGAGGUACAGCCUAUCCCGCCAUGGCUUCUGCAGCCCCGUCACGGGCCUAUUCGCUGGUCAGUGCAAAGCUCCCGUCCUGCCACGGUGCCACCAUCCUGUCUGUGGCUGGGGACUUGAGGGUGGGCUCGCUCAGCAGCCCGGGUCCUCAUGCAGGGGUACAAAAGUGCCAGCCUGCCCUCAACCCCACCGUUGACUCUGCCAGAGUGAGCAUCCUGUGAGAGUCCCACACUGCUCCCCACGUCUGCACUGGCUGCCCUGAUCGGAGGAUUUUCCAGCUUUUGCCGUGUGCUUGCUGAGAUACCUCUCCCCGGGGUGCUAGCAGGCUCACCCAGCCCUAGUGCCUGGUGCCAGGGAGCCAGGACAGCAGACGUGUCCAAGACCUUCUCCCAGGUCCAACCUCUUGGCAUUAGUCUGCCCAGUGCCAUCUCUUUUGCAGCAGAGCCCCAGCCACAGGAGACCUGCUUGCAUCGUGGUCACCUUGCUGGCAGGGAGCUGAGUUCCCCAUGAGAACCCCCGUCCAGCUCUCCCUUUUUUCCUGGUCUCGCCAUGGACUGGACCAACCUGCCCAGAAAGGGCCGUGUGGGCCAGCACCACUGCUCUCCUUUAUUUCCUGGGAUGGCGACAUUUUGCAAGACUGGGACAAGAAGCCACGUGGUCCUCUGAUCCUGCUCUGUGAUUGUUUCCCCAUGAAUUAUAGGAGAGAUUAGCCAGCCUGUGGACCCCUGGGCUGGUGUAAGGAAGCAGCUGUGAGGUGGCACUUUUUUGCCUAGAGCUUUUACGUGCAUCCUCACUGCAAAGGUGGUUUUGAGAGGAAAAGCUGCAAAGGUGAGAUUUAGGCUGGAGGAGGCUAGGGGCUCAUGGAUGGGGCACCUCUGCCUGUGGCUGUUCUUGGGCCACAGAGGGUGGUCGGACUGAAGAAAUGUCUCGCCACGUUGUGAUCCUGCUGAAGGAAGCAGGAGGCCAUGAGCGUGAAUCCCUUUGCCCUGGGAGCAGGCGCCGUGGCUCCCUGCCCGGUGGGAUGGUGGGUGCCAUGGUGGCACCAGGGCUCUGCAGUGCUUGGCCCGCGGGAAGGCCCAGCGCAAGAGCAAAGGAGACACCAGGGGCAGGCGGAGCCCAUGGUGGGUGCUGAGGUAUAACACACCCUGUGUAUAAUGUGGUUACGCUGUGCAUGGCCAACGCCGCCCCACAAACAAAUCUAUAUGAGUAUGUAUAUGUGUAUACUGCCUAGACGUACACUGCAUUGUAUAUGUUGAUGAAAACAAGGGCUUGUAGCCACUCUUUGAGGAACCAGCAUCUUCCAACCCUGCCGAUCACAAGGGAACCUCACUGCUGGUCCAGUCCCUCUAUUUAUGUUGACUAGGGUGUGUGUGUAGUUUGGGACAAAAGAUGCAGAUUGCACAAUAAAUUUUUUUUUUUUUUUUUUUACCCACUGAA